AGAUAGAGAGAUAGUAGAUAGAAUCUAGAUGUGGGAUGCAGUCGGAACAAUGUACGGAACAGUACAGCGAAUAGACACUCCGCCAUUUCCACCACAUUAACUUCCGCUUUCGGUUUCGUUUUCAUUUGUUGUUUUUCCCCAUUUUUUUGCAGCUUCCUUGAUUGUCAUUCAACUAUCUGCUGCAGGUAAUGUCUGUUUAAAAGAAUGAGAAAUGGGAGGUCAGCAGUCUAAAGAUAAACAUAAAAGAGCUUCAACAAAUGAAGACAAUGAACAACAUCAGCAUUCACCAAAAUCUGAGUCCUCUAAGUCAUAUGAUGAAGGCACUUCAGUGGAUAUGGAGACAGGAAGUUUUACACAGGAAAUACAGACAACUUCACCCUCCAUAACUGAAGAGCAUUCAGUUGAAGAGUCAGAUCUUAGUGUGAUGACAGGGCUUCCUGGAGAGGAGACCCCAGUACUGGAUGUUUCUUUGCAUCCAGAGGACAAAAGACAAACAGAAACACAAGAAAUGUUGAUUUCUAAGCCUCAGGGAAAUUCUAAUUAUUCAAAAGAAACUAGUACACAGUUCAAUAUUUCUGUGAAUCUUGGAGAAGAUCCCUGUGUUUCCUGUAAAAUUCCUUAUCAGUCAAGUAGUAUAGACAAGCAAUGUCCAGAAAAACACAAGGAAUUUGACAGUAAUGGAAUGGAUGCAAUCAGAGAACAUGUAGAGAGAGCUGGUAACCCAAAUUCUCGAGAUAAUGCUGAAUUCAGUAAUUGUGACAGUGUUUCUGGUACAGAAAAGUUUACUGUAGAUUGUAGAUAUGACAGAAUUGAGUCGGUUAAGUUAAAGGAUAUAAAAGAAGCAAAUGAAAACUAUCAAUUACCAAUGCAUUUUGAUUCAGGAGGACAUUUAAAGAAAAAGGUGACUUUUGAGAAUGAAGACAAUAGAUGUAAGUGUGAUUUGGCUGACACUGAUUGUGCAAGUAGUACUCUCCGUCAAACUAUUUUCACAAAUGUGAUUUUUCUACCGGACAAAAGUAAGGGUGCUUCACCAAAAAGGUAUGGUCCUAAAAGACUUGGAAGUAUCUAUGAUGGAAUGCCUGAUGAUGAUAAUGAGAAUAAUGAUGAUGAGGAGGAGGAGUUUAAAGUUAAUCAGAACAUUGAAAUAACACAUGAUAUUGAAAAAGGAGCUGAUGUACAGAAUUCACUAACUAAUGCAGAAAGCAAAACGCAUAGUGACAUUGUAGAGACUUUUGUGUCAAAACAAGAAAGAAAAGGUGCAGAUGCUUUUAAAGCCAUUUCAGCAGCGGACAGAAGUGUAAAGAAUUCAACUGAUGAAGACAUAAAAGCUAAUAUUCCAGAUCAAGUAAAUGGUAGUCUGAAUUUUGUAGACGAUCAUUUUGGAUUAUAUACAGGAAGUUUAGCAGAGGGUAUAUCAGAAGAAUUUCAAGCACCGGGAGAAAAUAAAGAAGGCAACAUGAAGCCAAGCUAUGGUGUGUUAGGUCAAGUAAUUCCUUCACCAGCAAAUGAAGUAAACAAUAAUAAUGAAAACAAACUGUCAGAAAAUAGUAAGCCCACUACCUUUUCAUAUGCAUGUGAACACCACCACUCUUUACCAAGCCAAGAAGAAAUUGAUAAACAAAACAUAAAAUGUGUUGAAAAUAAUUCAAGUUCAAAUAUUCUAGCAUUGCCAACUGCAAAAACUGACCAUGAAGAAAAGCCAUGCAAGAAAAUGGAUAAAGGUAUAAGGAGCUUUGAUGACAAAAUAAAUGAACAGGAAGAAGUUGAAAUAUGUGAGAUUUGUAAGGAACCAAGAGAUUUAUGUUUUUGUUUGUUUUCAGGCAUUAAGACUGUAAUGUCUGUCAGAGCUAGUAGAACACCUUUUAGUUACAUGAGAUAUUUGAAAAUAAAUGAAAAAGAAAUCAACUGGCCAGUUUUGAAAUGUGCACAAGCAUGUUUCAUUAAAGGGUUGAAGUCAAAUAAAACUGACAUUUCAGAAGACAACCGUGUUACCUUUGAGUUUGAUUUACCUACCUUUAAAGGCUUUUUCGGACCACAGCAAAGCCAGUCAGUCUUAAAGGAAAAUGACAACCUUGAUGGAGAGUUUGAAUACACUAAAGACAAGGGUGAACUUUUGAUGUUUUCAAUUGAAAAGAAAUUUGGAAUUGACCUUUCUGGCCAGAAGCUCUCCAGCAGUAUUGAUUCAAGUAGAAAUAUAAUGGUAAAUGACUUUGAUGAGUGUAGUGAUGAUGAUGAAGUAUCAGUAAAAGACGAUGGUAAGGCUUACAGUGAUGAGAGCUCAAAUAAUGAAAAUGACACCAAAGAAGAUUUUGAUAGUGUAGAAGAAAGUCAUGAAAACAAAACACUGUUUGAUGAAAAUAAAGUGAAAGUAAUUAUGCCUGAUGAAAAAUCAGUAAGUUCAGGCAGGAAUGAAAGUUCCGACUUGGAAAAUAAUGAUUAUUUAGAGAGUAAUGCAGAACAUCGUCCCGAGAAACAAGCAUUUUACAGUGACUUUAAUUCUGAGUUUACUGGGAGUCAAGACAGUGGUUUUAAUUCAGGAAGAAAUUCAGGAAAUAAUGGUUAUAACCAAAAAGAGGACGAUAAAUCACAUUUUGAGGAAAAUAAUGCCCACCACAGACACUCUGAUGGUAAUCAUGUGCAAACUUUGAAUAGCUCAGAAGGUUCUUCAUUUCAUGCAGCAUUGAAUUCACAAGAAAGUGAUUGGCAACAGAAUAGCAGUUAUGCUCAUGAUGUGCUUGAUGAUAAACUGAAAUCUGAUAUGCCAGAAGAAGAGAUCAUUUCAAAAACCAGAGUUACAAACUUAUACAAAAAUGAAGAUCCACCAAUAGGUUCAUAUAAAGGAGAUUCCGAUGCAAUGAAUAAUGAAGAAAAAACUGAUUCAGUCAAAGUUGAAGAUGAUGAAAACAAUUUUCAGUGUGAUUUGGCUGGUGAAGGGAAAGCAAAAGAUCUUCCUGUUGAAAAUGUUCAACAAAAAUAUGAAGAUGAAAAUAUAGAGGAUUCUUUUGAAAAUGAAAAUUUUUUCGAGCAUGAAAUGGAAAGUGAUGGAAAUGUAAUUUCUGGUAAUGAAUCUGAUGAAAAUUCAGAUUUUACUGAUUUAGAUAGGUCAUUUGCAAAGGACAUAUAUGAAGAAAGCAAGGCACAUGAGGUAGAUGAAGUUGUGAGUUGUUCUAACAGUGAUAAGGAAGAUGUAUUAUCAAUUUCGUGUCCUGUGGUUGACAGUACAGGAAAUAAAAUAUCUGGUAAUAUUACCAGGGAAAUAAAUUCAAGUGCAGGUGAUAUAAAAAACAGUAUUAUUUUACAGGAAGUAGAUUUUCAAAUCGAAAAUGAGAGAUUGUUAUUGAAACCAGAAGUACCUGAUUUUCCAGUUGAAAAUAAUAUAAAAGAUGAUAUAACAAACAGAAAUAGGGAAAAUUUGCUAUCUUUGCAUGAAGAGGACAAAAUUGCUACUGAAUCUUGUGAAAACCAAGUUGAAAAAUUGAAUAUAUCCGAAACUUCUGGAGUUCAAAAACUUGGUGAUUCGGGAUUUUUGUCUGAACAAGCAGAUGUUGAAACUGGAAUGGUUGAAGAUCAUGAAAAGCUAAAGGAACAACUGAAAAAUUUUGAAAUGACUCAAGCGGAUAUUUCAAGUCAACAGAAUAAAAGUUUGGUUGAUGAUUUAAAUGCUCGAGUAAAUGAGAUUGAUACAUAUACAUUGAAAUGUGAAUAUAAUGAAGACAUGAAAAAGCAUUUGGCAAGUGUGUUGAGAAGGAAGCUUACAGGAAUUGAUGUUGAUAAUAGAUUUGUUGAAAUUUCUAGUGAUGAAGAAGAGGAGGCUGAAACAGGUGUCAAAACUCAAACAGGAUAUGUUUCAAAUGUAAAAGAGAAGGUAAAAUUUGAUAAAAGUAAUGUAAAUGAAAGGGAAGUGGAUGAGGAGGUGAUACACAUUCCAUCUAGUGAUGGAUCUGGAAUUUUUACUGUUAUAAGAGGAGGAAGAUCCUCCUCCUCACAAGAUAGUGCUGGAUCUUUUUCUUCUAUAGAAAAUAUAGGUUCUUUUCUUUCUGGAGGAAGAAUAGGAUCUAUGCAUUCUGAAUUAACAAUUCCAGGGAAUUUAUUAAGUGAAUUCUUGUCAUCAGAUGUAGACUUUUCAUUACCACCUGAGGAAUUGAUGAAGCAGUUACAUGAGAAGAGAGGUGGAAUAGGUGGAUUUUUAGAAAAGAUGACACAAAAAAGGGACGGCUCAAGACAACGUCCUGUAAGGCGUCGUAAUGAUAGACGUCCUAGAAGACCGGAGAAUGCAAAGUCUGAUUUUGCUUCAAGCUUCUAUGAUAGUUUUGACAGGAACAUAGACUUCAGUGAUCUUGGAAACCAGUCAGAAUCUGCUAGUCAAAACAUGACUGUCACUGAUGACUCAAAUAAAAGCAGUUCAAACGACUCUGAUUCUGAAAGCAUGCUAAGGAGAAGUCUUGAAAGGCAAGCAGCAGAAAGGAUAGUACACGAGUAUGAUGCAAGUAGUGUGUCAAGCAGCAGUGUUUCUCUACAAAGUUCAAGGUCAUCCACUCCAGUUCCUAACACUGAUGAUGAUAGCAUGGAAGUGGUUAAGCUCAAUGACAUCUGGAACCCAGUCCUUGAAGAGGAAAAAACCAAAUGUCUAAAUAGUACAAAGAUACCACCCACUUACCGAUGCACUGUCCUUUGCGUGGAUGUAUCUGCUAGCAUGCAGGGGUUACCAUGGCAACAAGUUAAAGAUUUCAUUCCAGAAUUUUUGACAGGACUUGAGAAGAAGAAACAGGCUGAGAAGAUAGAAGAGUAUGUUGCCAUGGUAACAUUUGGAUACAAGACAAGAAUUGUGUCACAGCCAGCUAAAAACUAUACACAACUUUCUAAAGACUUAAAUUCAUUAAGACCAGAAGGUAAUUCACCACUUUUACCAGGGAUUGGUCUUUCAUUGCUCAUCCAGACUGUUCGCAAAGAAUUAGGCCAGAGUCAUUGUAAGCUGCAGGAUAUUAUUCUACGUCAUCGUAUAAUCCUGUUAUCAGAUGGCCGACCUUCGCCCUUGUCACUUGUAUGCACCUCAGAUGACAUUCCUGAUCUGGUUCAGCAAGAAGCUUGCCAGGAACUAGAGACCAGUCUUCGGGACUGGAAGCUUCCAUCAAAACACACACACAUAGACUGUGUACCAGUCGGCGAGAAUCCUAAUACAGACUUGCUGGAGUCAGUGUGUAAAGCUACAGAUGGAAGAAUAGUGAGCCUAUCAGAUGUACAAACCUUAGUCAACAGUACACAUAAUCAUUAUAUAGCUGCCCAGGUGUCCAAACAGAUGUUCCAGAUGAAAACUGAUCAACUAGAUGUACAUAUGUUCAAAUCCUUGGUCCUAUCACUGUAUCCUAGUUCAACACCAGCAGAUAUUGCAGAAAUGGUAGCUCUUGUAGAAGCAGCCCACUCUAGGGUAGUGGCACGGCAGCUAGAUAGCUCAGACAGCAUGAGCACUGCAAGCGAAGAUGAUGUCCAUUUUGAACCAACAGAUUUGCGAGAAUUGCCUAAAAUUGGCACAAGAGUUGUCCUAGGACCAGAUGUAUCAGGCAGACUUUUAAGUCUUGCACCAGGGAAGGGAACUAUAACUGGUCAUAGCCGCAAACACAGAGGAAAGGUAUUUGUACAGUGGGAGAAUGGAGCAAACACGCUGUGUAACUGUGGGUUUAAGGACAAGUUUGAGAUAUUUCCAGAAGAUGAUAAGGAUCAGCAUAAAAUAGACAAUACAAUAAAAGUUGGUUUCAAAGUUAGGAGAGGUCCUGACUGGCGAUAUGGGAACCAAGAUGGUGGAGGGGACCAGAUAGGUACUGUUUAUAAAAUAAAGACAGGUGGAGUUGUAUGUGUCAGGUGGCCCAAUGGUUACCGCCACAAAUACAGGUACAAUCGCUGUGGAGUUUUUGAUGUGCUUAUAUCAGACUCCUCAGAUCCAUUGGGAAUCAAGAUGUUUGAGUCUGAGAUGAACAAAAGGAACAAUGAAAGAUCAAAUACACCAGUGCCAGGUAUGCCAAGUUUAUUGCAGUUGCCAGAAGCUAAUGGGGAUGUUAACAAACAAGAGAAAUCCUUGGCUGAAACACAGACAUAAAUCCACAGUAAUUUUAAAGGGACUGGUCUUCAGAUUAAAACAAACUGUAAAAUCCUCUGUGGAUAUGAUUUAAGUUGUAAUUUUGCUAUAUGCAGCAAAGAACAGUGCAGCUAAAAUUGUUACAUUUUUCAUCAUAAAUUUACCCCACAAUUGAUAGAGUAUAAAUAUUUUCUGUACACAUUUUAACUUCCAGACAUUUAAUUUUUAGCUCACCUGUCACGAAGUGACAAGGUGAGCUAUUGUGACCGCUUGAUGUCUGUCAUGCGUCAACAUUUUGUAAAAAAAUCUUCUUCUUCAAAACCAUUGGGCAGAUUUACUUGAAACUUCACAGGAAUGUUCCUUGGGUCGUCCCCUUUCAAAAUUUUUCAAAAAAUUGAAUUCCAUGAAGAACUCUGGUUGCCAUGGCAACCGAAAGGAAAAACUUUAAAAAUCUUCUUCUCCAAAACCACAAAGCCUAGAGCUUUGAUAUCUGGUGUGUAGCAUCCUCUACCAAAAUUAUUCAAAUUAUCCCCCCUAGGGUCAAAUGUGGCCCCGCCCCGGGGGUCACAUGGUUUAUAUAGACUUUUAUAGUGAAAACUUCGAAAAUCUUCUUGUACAAAACCACAUGGCCUAGGGCUUUGAUAUUUGGUAUGUAGCAUCAUCUAGUGGUCCUCUACCAAGAUUGUUCAAAUUAUCCCCCUAGGGUCAAAUAUGGCCCCGUCACGGGAGUCCCAAGUUUUACAUAGACUUAUAUAGGAAAAAAAGUUUAAAUAUCUUCUUGUCUGAAACCACAGCACUUAGACCUUUGAUAUUUGGUUUGUAGCAUUGUCUUAUGGUCCUCAACCAAAAUUGUUAAAAUUGUACCCCUUGGGUGAAAAGAGGUCCUGCCCUGGGGGUCCCAAGUUUUAUAUAGACUUAUAUAGGAAAAAGCUUUAAAAAUCUUCUUGUCUGAAACCAUAUGACCUAGGCUUUUGAUAUUUGAUAUGAUGCAUUGUGUAGUAGUCCUCUACCAAAAGUUUUCAAAUUAUGCCCCUGGGGUUAAAAAAGGCCUCGCCCUUGGUUCACUUAGUUAUUAUGUGAGUUAUAUAGGGAAAAUACUUAAAAAAUCAUCUGAUCCUAUUUCCAAGAUUAUUUAAUUAUAAUUACCUGAUGACCCCAAGUAAUAUGAUGUCACUUGACUGUGAACUUGACCUACUGACCUACUUUCUUGUUUUUUAAGAUACAGCUUUGAAAUUUUGAUGACAUACACAGUUUUGCACAUAAAUUGUAAAACUGAAUUUCAUUGACAAUGAAUGUGACCAACUGACUUUCUUAAUAUUUUAUCAUCAGUUUGACAUUUGAAACAUGUAGCUCAUAUUACUCAGGUGAGCGAUCCAGGGUCAUCAUGACCCUCUUGUUAGAAAACAGACAUUGUGUAAAUCUCCCUGGAUCACACUGUUUUGCAUUUUUAUCUCGACUAUACGAAGUAUAUGAAGAGCUAACCUACUCUCCCCGGCGUUGGCGUCUUUCCGCGUUCCCACCUUGGUUAAAGUUUUUUUUACAUUUUCUUUCAUCACCCACAUCAUCUGGCAUAAGGGCUAUAACUCUCACUCCAAUAUUUCAUGAAUUAUUUCCCCUUUUUAAUUGAAAUUUCAGGUGAAAGUUUUGGUGCACUUUCACUCUAUCUCAGUUAUGGCUAGAUCAAUUUGAUUCAAACUUAAAAUAAUUGUUCCACAUCAUCACCCGCAUCAUAUGACAAAAUUCAUAACUCUGGCACAAAUUUUUCAUGAAUUAUGCCCCCUUUCUACAUAGAAUUUUAGGUUAAUGUUUUGGUUCACUUUCACUUUAUCUCUUUUAUUACUAAAUUGAUUUGAUUCAGAUUUAAAACAAUUGUUCAACAUCAUCACCCACAUUAUAUGGCCUAGGGGCCAUAACUCUUGCAUCAAUUUUUCAUGAAUUAUUCCCCCUUUUGACUUACAACUUCAGGUUAAAAUUUUGAUGCACUUUCACUCUAUCUUUUAUUACUAAAUGGAUUUGAUUCAAAGUUAAAAUAUUUCUUCCACCUUAUAACCCACAUCAUAGGACACAUGGUGCAUAACACUUGCAUCAAUUUUUCAUGAAUUACGGCCCCUUUUACUUAGAGUUUAAGGUUAAUUUUGAUGCAUUUUCACUUAAUCUCAGUUACUGAAUGGAUUCGAUUCAAACUUGAAGUAGUUGUUCCACAUUAUCACCCACAUCAUAUGACACAAGGUGCAUAACUCUUGCACCAAAAUUUUAUGAAUUAUGCCCCCUUUUUACUUAGAAUUAUGCUUAUUUAAUGUUUUGAUACACUUUAUCUUUAUCUCUUUUCUUACUUAAUAUUUUUGACACAGACUCGAGCUAUUGUGCAAUAUGUUCAUCCACAAUUAGAGUCAUUGAACACUCCAGUGACAGCUCUGGCUUCAACAGAUGUGCCAAGUUUCACUAUCUAGCAUCAAAAUAGUCAAGCGUGCUGUCUCCUGUGACAGCUCUUGUUGUAUCUAUUGCAUAAUAGGUAUUUUUAUACAUUCCCAGCGAAUAGGACCAAAGUUUCUUCCAUUAUCAGCAUAUUUUUACUGGUCUCAAUUAAUUCUGUUAAAGUAAUAUAAUAUUGAAUUAUCUAUUUGUUACAAUAAAUCAGUACACAUUUAAUGCAUACAGUAACUUCUGACUUCAUCAGAUUUGAAAAUUCUGACUGAUUCCAUUUAUAGGUAGUUUAACUAUUCAAAUUGCUUGAAUUUCUUCCUAAUUAUGCAAGAACCAGAUAUGUCACACAUUAUUAUGUAGUAUUCCUGAUGGUUCAGUCACACUACAGUGUAUAGCGUUAACAGACUUCCAACAUUUAACAAAAUUUUCAAUCCGUUCAUGUCCAUUCGCAUGCAUUUCUUUUCCAUUUUUCAUGCGGCGCCAGCUCUCAAGUUGUCCGGCGAUGUUCGUCCAUCCGGUGGAAGGCUUUAAGCAUGUUCAAAAUUUGAAAUGUAUACCACUGGACAAAGUUGUUUGUAGGCUGUAUGGUAGCAAUGUGCUGGUAUGCAUUUUGUUCAUUACUUGUGCAUUUCUUAUUCUGUACUUGUCUGUUCUGCAUCUGUUCUUGUCCGUAGGACCUGAUUCACGGCCGGAAUACUACCGGACAUGCAACGGAUGUAAUGUAUGUUCAACGGACGAUAACUGACAAGGUUAUGGUUAGGGUCACAUUCAUUAAACGUUCAAAGAACGUUUUGACAGUUUCUCAUGUGUUGCGCUUUCCUUUUACGCGGUACAUGUCCGUUACUAGUACGCUGAUACCCGUUAAUUGAACGGAGUUUGUCUUGUAUAUAUGCAUUGAUAAGGGGGUCAUUGUGCGUUUUGUUCAUUUUAUCGCCCCAUACACUGAUCGCAAGAGCACCGAGCAGCAGUGGUAGAAGUCUUUCGUCACCAGAUAACUUUCUGCUGCAAUUUUUCUAUAUGUUGGGCGUCUGUUAACACUAUACGGUUUAGUGUGACUGAUGCAUGAAGUGGAUGUAGAAACUAUACAAAGUUUGAAGAUACUUUAAUUGAAAAUAUUUGUGUACAUUUGUCUGUGAAUUUCUUGUGAUUUGUAUUAUAUUAAUUAAUAUAUUAUGAAAAUUCUAUAAUUGGAAGGAAUUGAUGAAUAGCCAUGCAACAUAAUUUUCAUCUAUGUAUAUCUUAUAGAUAAUGUUUGUAGUGCUGGAUUUAAAACUUGUAUUGUUUCGAAUUACCAUACAGUUGUAUGGAACUUUUUUUAUAUGCUUUUAUUCUACAAAGUGAAAAUGUGGUAAAUAUUGUUGUCUUCUUUUAAUAAGUGUGCCUUCUUCCACUUAAUCUGUUUUAUUAAUUCAUAGUCAUAUAAGUAAUCAUUUUAUGAUAAGCAGCAUUGCAGGAAAAUGUCCAGAAGCCCGUUUUUUGGCCUUCAAAAAUCACACAAUUUGCAUUGUUGUGCAGUAACUCUAUGCUAGUAUGUUGUACUAUUGUUCAGUUACUCUGUACUUGUAUGUUGGACUGUAUGAAGGAGAGUUAGAUAUGUUAUCUAAUUGUCAUUGGAAUACAUUUGUAUUUAGUAAAGCUUUGAUAAUUUUUUAUCAGUUGUGAAGAGUUUUUUUAACAGUGCGUUUUAAUGAAAUAUUUACAUUAAACAUUAAUGUUUCAUCUUGUGUCCUUGUAAAGUGGACCAUAAGACCAGUUUAGUACAUGUUUCUUCUUAAAGAGUUUUUGUAAUGUACUUUGUACUUUACACUAGUGACAGUGUGAGCUCAGCUUUGUUAAAAAUUCAGAAAAGUUUUCAUAAGUAAUCAUUACAGGUCUAAACACUUUAUUAUAAAUAUUAAUAGAAAAAAAAGACAUGAUCAGAUUUUUUUUGUGUAGAGAAAAUUGUAAUUUUUCUCUUAGUUUUCUUUGUUUGAUAGACGUCACAAGUCUAAUACAAGCAUAAGCAAACACUACACUUCAGUUUUAUUGCUGAUUUAUUUUUUGUUUGAAUUUUAAUCAAAUUUUAAUUGUCUCAGACAAAUUUGAUCUUAACAUGCAAUUAAUACCAAAUAUUUUGUAAAGCAUGUUUAGUUGUUGACUUCUGUGAUAUUUUGUUGAUAGGUGAUAAAUGAAUAUAGACUUGUGCCAUGUGUUAGUUACUGCCUGAAUAGGGAUGAUAACACUUGGCAGAACUGUAGUGCCAUUUUCUUCUUUAGCACAUUUUGUUCAAAUGUGUGUAUAUUUAUGUUGCAAUACAUUAUUAUGUCUCCAACCACUCAGUGGUGUGGGAGACAUAUUGAUUUACUCCUGUCUGUGUGUGUGUGUCACAAAGCUUGUCUGCACCCUAAGUUGGACAUUUCUCGUCCGAUCUUCACCAAACUUGAACAAAAUGUGUUUGCCAAUAAGACCUCAGCCAAAUUCGAUAACUAGCCAAAUUGACCCAGGCACUUUUCAAUUAUGGCCCUUGAAUUACUGAUCGGACCACUCACCCAAACCAUUUUGUCGGAACCACUCAUCCAAACCACUUUGAAUCACUAAAUGGUUAUGCAGUUAUGGGAGACAUGUACUGUUCUCAAAAGCAGCUCUUAGACUAGUUGAAUUAAGGAUUUACCCCUUAGAGACAUAAAAGAUGACAAAAUGUCUUGUGUCACAUCUUUUAUGUUGUUGUUGUUUUUUUGCAUUCAGAAUUAUAGGCUGCAGCUUUUACUUUGUUUCUGAAAAUUGAAAGCAUAAUUUUUCUAUCGAUCAAACUGUCCGUCUGUUUGUCAGUCCAUAUGACACAGAUUUUAUUGUUUCAUAUACAGCCCACAUUAAUGACUGGAUUUAGUUCAUACACUCAUCCUUGUGGCAAGACCUACAAACUGACUUAUAUAUAGGUGACCUUGUGUCUCAUGAUACCUUCACCUUUAAUCGUGAAACCUAGAAACAACAUUUUGGUUAACCAGAUUUUACUGCUUUGCCUACAGCCCACAUUAAUGACCCAGUUUAGUUCAUACUCACACACAACUGUUACAGUCCUUGCGGUAAGACCUACAAACUGACCUAUAUAUAAAUGACUUUGACCCUCAUAUGACCUUCACAUUCAAACUUAAAACCACAGAAAAACAACUUUUUAUAGUCCUACAGCCCCCAUAAAUGAUCCAGUUUAGUUAAAACUCACACUUGAGAACCUACAAACUGACCACAUAUAAUUUACCUUGACCUUCGUAUGAUUUUCACCUUCAAACUUAAAACAUAAAAAAAAACCCCUCAUCUUUGGUUAUACACUCGGGGCAUGAUUUUGCAUUUUAAGAAUGCAGCCCUUUAUUUCUCUCUUUCUUUCACACAUAGAUAGGUUAAGGUAGUUAAGCACAUUUGAUUAACUGGAAGUGACUGUGUAACUUCAUUUAUCCGGAAAACGUAGAAUAAUGCCUUGUUUGCUGUUAUAUAUAUAGCAUAAAUGUUGUCGUAAUUUGUAUAUUAAGUAUUAAACAGUCAGCUCUACUGUCUUUGAAAAAAAAAAAUGACAGUAUUUAGCAUUUGAUGUAAAAUGGUUUAAAGUAAUAACAUAAAAUAAGCAUCAGUGUUAGGUCUCCAAUUGAUAUGGGAGUGAAAAAUUUAAGCACAUAGGUCUAUACAUUUUGCUUGGCCAUAUGAUUGGAAAUAGUGAUAUCCAAGACAAUGAAAAUUUCCAUUUUUAUCUACAUUGUGGAUUUUUUCUGCAUGCGAAAAUGUCAUCAAAGAUGUGAUAAUCCCAUAGAAGCCUAUAGUGAAAACUGACGCAGUGAAGACCAUUACUCGUACUUUCAAAAUCAGUCUAAUUAAAAAUCAAGCUCAUGAUCCAGUCUUCUUUAAUGGCUGAAGUUCCUUCCGGUACAAUGAUGCUCUGAAUAAAAUGUGGUUUAAUAAAGAUUAUGCAUUGUAGAACAGUAUUUGUUUCAGUAAUGCAAAACUACCUUAAAGAAAUGGUUGUAAUCAGUUUUAAUAAUCAUAAUUCCAUGUUUUCAGCAUAAAUCUUGAAGCUAAUCUUUCAGGUUAUAGAACAAAAUUGUGCAGGAAAAGCUCAGACAUUCCUAGGUUUCCUAUAUUUCUUGGGGACAUCCUACAUGUAUAUUUACUUCAAACAUGCAAAUACUGUAGGACAUUUGGUACAUAUGUUAGUUGCAGUUAAAGAUCAAGGAUAUUUCCUUGUACAAAUGUAAGAUCAAACCUUGUUUCAAGCUGUUAAUACCAGAUGAAGUAUUUACAAAGCGAAUUUGUGGUUCUCACAAGUGAAGGAUAGUAUAUCUUAUAUCAAACAAGCAGAAUUUGAUUUUCAUUUUAUUUCAUGUCUUUUUAGUUGACCUGUCACGUAGUGACAGGGUGAGCUUUUGUGAUUGCCCUUCUUCCUCCAUCCACAAUUUCUUGUGAACAAGGUAGAGACCACAUUUUGCAAUCAAUUUUAUUUCAAACUUGCACACAACUUGUAUUGGCAUAUCUUGGUUCCUUUCGAAAACUGGCCAGAUCCCAUCAUGGGUUUCAGAGGAAAGGCCCCUUAAAGGGCCAAAAUUUGCUAUUUUUGGUUUGUGAACAUGAUAGAGAUCACAUUUUGCAAUCAGCUUUAAUCAAACUUGCAAACAAAUUGUAUCGGCAUAAUAUCUCAGUUACUUUCGAAAACUGGCCAGAUCCCAUCAUGGGUUCCAGAGUUACUGCCCCUUAAAUGUGAAUGAUUAUCUUGAUGAUCUCUAGGCCUGGAUCGAAACCGGGUCAUGUCAUUGUCAAAAACUAGGUCAUCUGGUCAAAUCAAAGCAAAAGCUUGUUUACAACCUAGAGGCCACAUUUAUGACCAUAUCUUCAUGAAACUUGGUCAGAAUGUUCAUCUUGAUAAUUUCUAGGCCAAGUUUGAAACUGGGUCAUAUGGGGUCAAAAACUAGGUCACCCAGUCAGAUCAAAGGAAAAGCUUGUUAGCACUCAUUAGGCCACAUUUAUGACCCUAUCUUAAUGAAAUUUGGUAAGAAUGUUUAUCUUGAUGAUUCCUAGGCCAAGUUUGACACUGGGUCAUAUGGGGUCAAAAAACUAGGUCAACCAUUCAAAUCAAAGGAAAAGCUUGUUAACUCUAUUGUUCAUUUGAUGUGCAUGAAACUUGGUCAGAAUGUUUGUCUGCAUGAAAUAUCGAAUGAUUUUUUAUCUGGAUCAUGUGGGGUCAAAAACUAGGUCACCUGGUCAAAUCAAAGAAUAUUAAGCUUGUUUACACCUUAGGGGGCACAAUUUUGUUUCUGUCUUCAUAAAACUUGGUCAGAAUGUUUGUUAUCAUGAAGUCUUGCAUGAUUUCAAAUCUUGGUCACAUAGGGUCAAAAGCUAGGUCACUAGGUCAAAUCAGAGGAAAAGCUUGUAUACACUCUAGGGGCCACUUUUUGCUCCAAUCUUCCCGAACUUUGUCAGAAUGUUUGUUUUCAAGAAAUCUUAGACAAGUUCGAAUCUGGGUCAUGUGGGUAAACACUAGGUCACCAGGUCAAAUCAAAGAAAAUGCUUGUUUACAGUCAAGAGGCCAUGUUUUUUGGUCCAAUCUUAAUGAAAAUUUGUCAAAAUAUUUGUCUCUAUGAAAUCACUAGGUAAAACAUAUUUACACUGUUAUGGUGUGUUACUCAGGCGAGCGACCUAGGGCCACCUUGUUAAGUGGUUCUAACCAGAUGAGUGUAUAUGAGUGUAAACAUUAUAAUGACAACAUUAGUUAGUGACAAUAAUUGACUUGACUUGGCUAUUAAAACUAAUCCCUUAUAAUUACACCCAAAUGUGUUUGGAAAUACUUAUAAAUACUAAUUUAAGACUGCCAUAACCACUGAACAUUUUAAACAUCAACCCAGAAUUUCAUUUUUCCCUGACUUUUCUAAACUUUCAUUUUUCACUGACCAUUAUCAAGAUUUCCUUGACAAUUCACCGACCUUGAAAAAAAACACCUUUUUGUCCCAGACUUUUCAAGGAAAGUUGCAACCCUGGUUAAGGUAAUUCUGCAUGUUUGAUACACCGGAAGUGAUUUGGCAUAACGUCAUAUUCAUAUAUCCAAAGAGUGUGAAAAAAAAACAACUGGACUUGGCAGAUGGAAAUGAAAAUCAGUUUAUGAAUAAAUGGCAACCUGUGGGUAAAGUUAUGAAAAUGGCAACAUUACUAUCUUUCAAAAGAUAAAAGAUGAUAUUAAAACAUUGUGUCUUAAAAUCAGCCUGAAAUGCUCAUAAUACUGUAAACAUGCGCAAAUAUCUCAAAAUCAAACACAAGGACCUAUACAUUUUAUUUCACCAUAUUAUAGAUCAUAUGUUUAAUUUCAACUGUGAGAAGUUUCAAUAAAAUCUACAAUGUAGAAAAAUUUCUAUUCACAAAAAUGUUGUCAAAACUGUGAUUUCCCCAUAGACUUCCAAUAUGAAAACUUCAUAGUCCAAAAUUUUCAAGUCAGUCUAGCAAGCAGUCAAGAAAAUGACCUAUCUUUUUCAUUCACCCAAUUUUCUCAGUAUAUUCUGAAGUUUUAAAAAAUCAAGAGUUUAAUCAAAUUCUAUAUUGCAGAAUCUUUUAUCCAAACAUGCAGAUCUAUAUUAAGAAAUAAUGUACAUCUGUACAUCUUUACCUUAAGGCUCCAUGUGGUUCUGGGACGAUCUGUGUAUGAAAAGAAUAGGAACCAUUGCCUUACCCUUGCAUGAUCCUAAGAGGCGACUAAUAGGGUCUUAACACUUGGUUUUGCUGUAACUCUGUGAUUCCAGCAGGUAUGCAAAUUUUGAUUCCAUAACUCAUGUUUUUAGUUUGAUGUAAAUGAGAUUUGAAACCAAAAUUUGUAGUCCUGUUUGGUGCCAUAUAACCUCUACUGUGUUGGUGCGCCGUAAAACCCAAAUAAAGAAAUAAACUCUACCUUAAUUAAGAAAUAAUGUACACCUGACUGUCAAUCAUGUUUCAUCUAUGGUGGAUAUUUUUGUAAAAAAUAUUGUUAAUGGUCAUACUGAACAAACUUACUGAAAUAAGUGAAUGUAUCGGGAUAUAAUAUUAUGUCAGUAAAUCUCGCACCCUUCAAAAUCUUUUGAGAAAAAGGGUAUUUGACAUUUUAUCGUAGAACUUUAACAAAUAGUUAAAACUAUUUAUAAUAUGUUAUGUGAGAUGUUUGAAUUUUUUAUGCAUAAUAGAAGACUAAUUAUUUAUUCCAGGAAAUACUGUUUUGCUAUAUUUGUUAUUGAUUUUUAAAAUAAAUGUUUAUGAAACA